AUGAAGCGAUUCAGCCAGAGAGUGCUCUCGCGAGGCAAAGAUGCCACCAAGUCCUCCAAGAAGAAUAAGGAUUCCAAGGAUGGAACUUCGUCCCCCUCGUCCCGAGACUCCAACCAGUCGCCGAAUCUGACCCCGUCGUCGUCGACAUCGACCCUCAACGACCUCCGCAACAAGCCGCUGCCGCAAGGCACAGGCCAUGGCAAUGAUCACGGCGGUGCCGGCCAGCCCUCCGGCCCUGCUGGCGGGCCUCCCACUGUCGUCAUCAGCCCGACACCUGGUCACAUCCCUCCGCCUGGUGCCACCGAGACGAUGCCCCAUGAGCUGGCACCCCCCAAGGCUGGCCAGAAGUCACUCAUGAUCAACCGCAUGGACAACCGAGAUGCCAUUCCGGAGGGUUUGCGGACGCCGAAGCGACAGCACUCCUCCCGGUUCGACAUCUCCGCCCACCGCGAGCUGGAAAAGCUCCCGGGCUUCCACGAAGUGCCGCCUAACAGGCGCCAGGAGCUGUUUAUGCAGAAGAUUGAUCAGUGCAACGUCAUCUUUGACUUCAAUGACGCUAGCGGUGACAUGAAGGCCAAGGAGAUCAAGCGGCUAGCUCUUCACGAGCUGCUGGACUACGUUGCCAACAAUAGGCAGGUUAUCACGGAGCCCAUGUAUCCCAGAGUCGUCGACAUGUUCAGCAAGAAUCUUUUCAGACCAAUCCCGCCACCGCUGAACCCCCAAGGCGAGGCUUUCGAUCCGGAGGAGGACGAGCCCGUUCUGGAGGUCGCCUGGCCGCACAUUCAGGUCGUCUACGAAUUCUUCUUGCGCUUCAUCGAAAGCCAAGACUUCAACACUAACAUUGCUAAAGCCUACAUCGACCACAGCUUUGUGCUGCAGCUGCUGGAUCUUUUUGAUUCUGAGGACCCUAGAGAGCGAGACUUUUUGAAGACGACACUGCACCGCAUCUACGGCAAAUUCCUCAACCUGCGGUCGUUCAUCAGGCGGUCAAUCAACAACGUCUUCUUCCAGUUCACCUACGAAACCGAGAGGUUCAACGGCAUCGCCGAGCUUUUGGAGAUUUUGGGCUCCAUUAUCAAUGGUUUCGCCUUGCCUCUGAAGGAGGAGCACAAGAUCUUCUUGACGCGAGUUCUGCUGCCCCUGCACAAGCCCAAGAGCCUGAGCAUGUACCACCCCCAGCUCGCAUAUUGUAUUGUCCAGUUCCUGGAAAAGGAUGCAUCCCUCACCGAAGAUGUGGUUCUCGGGCUGCUACGCUACUGGCCAAAGGUGAACAGCACCAAGGAAGUCAUGUUCCUAAACGAGGUUGAAGACAUCUUUGAAGUCAUGGACCCGGCCGAAUUCGCCAAGGUCCAGGAGCCUCUGUUCCACCAGCUUGCUAAGUCCGUGGCCAGCCCUCACUUCCAGGUCGCAGAGCGGGCGUUGUACUUCUGGAACAACGAAUACUUUUGUAAUCUUGUCAGUGACAAUGUGGAGAUUAUCCUCCCCAUCAUGUUUGCGCCUCUCUACGAGAACUCUAAGGGUCACUGGAAUAGAACAAUUCACGGCAUGGUUUACAACGCAAUGAAGCUUUUCAUGGAGAUUAACCCUCAGCUCUUUGACGAUUGUUCCCAUGACUAUACGGAGCAGCAGAACAGCGCAGCCGCUCGAGAAGCACUGCGGGAGCGAAAAUGGGCCGCCCUAUCCCAACAAGCCGAGGAGCGGAGAGCGUCCAUGGGGCUCAGCUCCGGUGCGGCGCCUGGAAGGGCUCAGGGAGGGCACCUCCCGCCAUUGGCAGAGGUUGAUCCCGCCGCUGAAGACAACCAGAAGCGCCUCGACUCGCUAAAGCUCCAAGAUGCCACCAGUCAACAAAACACCCAUGAGCGACAAGCCUCGGUAGGGUCUACUCGCAGCAGAUAA